AUGUCGCUGAACGGACAUGUCACUUUGUCGCGUACAAAUACUGCAGAGAAGGAGCUGCGCAGACGAACGCCGCCUCUGCAAACAACGCCAAUGUCUCUAGACCGCCACACCACAGCACAAUCGCGCCCUCAGACCGGGACUAGAACGUCGACCGCCGAUGUCAUGUCGAACGAUGGGAGCCUCAAGUCUCCAGUCCCAACCACUCGACACCAGCGCUUCGUCUUGACUGACAUGGUAGCGUCCCGCUACCUGGAAGACGACCCUCACACCACGGUCCUUGCGCGUCGACAGAAGGUUGAGGGCUACGAGAUAUAUCUAGUCGAACAAUGGGCCUGCUCACGAGUACAUCCCACCUUCCUCAUUACCACCUACACCGGCAACCCUGAAGAUACCGUGCUGGCUACCAUAAUAAGCGUACCUGCGGACGAGGCACAGUGGUCACCGCAGAUGCAGCUGUAUUUCAAGUCACUAGACGAGUAUCACGCACGAAGGCGUGAGACGCCAUACGGUACCCUGAUGAUCACCAAUCUGAAUGGCUUUCCUUCGUCUUUGACCGUUAUCCCAACCCCUGGCGGCGAUCCACGAAAGUAUAGGGAAAUCUUCAUCGUCAACGAGAACUUGAAGAGACUGGGCUGUUCAGGUAGGUUAGGAAUCAAGCUCGAGCCCCCUAGCAGCGCCACUCAGGCCAAGUUCCAUCAACUAUACCGCACUAGCGAAAAAAUACCUUUGAACGGCGCCGUCAUCGAACUCGUGAAGCUUUGUCAGGUCGCUUUGGUUUUGUUUGGCAAGCUCGAGUCUGAGUAUGCAGACGGUCUACUCUGCGACGUCACCGAAAAGGCUAUCAACGACUGGUGGGUUGAGUUUGGCGCCGAGUACUACACCGUCGAGCCUCACGAUGGCAUACUUGGUCCUACCACGGUCGCCGCGUUGCUGGGUAUGCUGAUAGGCGCGCGCAAUCGAUUGAGCGCGCUCAAUGCGCCAGUCGCCAAAGAUGUCUUCGACAUUGAAAGCACCAAGAAGGGCAUCGGGCAUUUCCAGAAGACUCAGCACAUACCGCGGACUCGGCGUUUGGACAGACCGACGCUCGACAAGUUGCGCAGAGCGACUGCAAAGGCUGCGAGCAAGGACGGCUGGGGCGUACCGAGAGCCUUCAAGUCGACCGUAGCUGAGCUUGGCGGCAAGGGAGGUGAAAUGAUGAUGGGCAUCGUUGGUGCUGGUGAGAAGGAUGGAAUAGCUGAAGUAGAGACGGUGGACAUUGAUCGGUUCGUUGAGCUUGUGCGCGGAGACCAUGCAAAGUGGCUAUGGCACGGCAGGCCUCGAAAGACAGCCACCGGAGACAUGUUCGACCGCCUGCCCAACGAGGCAGGCUCGACUUCACCAACACAAGACCGUAGCCGGAACCCUUUGAAGCGGCAGACGACGCUUGACGAACCUAAACUGCAGAGGCGGGAGACCACGCAAGAAGACCACAAAAAAGAGCUGCUCAGUCCCGAUGGUACAGACGCGAGAGACCGAGAUCCAUUCUCGAAGCGUGCCGCCAUCAAGGCAAAGCUCGGCCCUGAGCGCGGCUUCCACCGCAUCAAAGACGCUGUUGGUCUCCGCAGCCACGCCAAGCUUUCAAAGGACGAGCACAGUCGACUGCAACUCCAGGGCUCACGGACGGGUCUCAGCAUCUCGCAGCAAGUCGACUUGGAUGGCGUUUAUGAGGACGGCAACGAGCUCUCGUCUGUAUUGUCGCCUCAACGUGUCACUACAGACCUCGAGCCCUCCUUUACCAAGGUCCUCACCGAGACUCCGCGAGACUCUGCGAGCAACUUUGUAUUGAGCAAGGCAACAUCUACGCUUGACGGCGUGCCCGAGUCAUCAAGCUCAAAACUGGCAACUGCCGAAUCAGAAGCCUCCACACAGCCACCGACAGCCGAACCCUCCAUCGCAGGGUCCAUCUACCAUGGCGUCGACCUAAACGAGGCGCUACCUCUUGACGAAGUCCGUUCUUUCCCUGCUCUCCUGCGCCGUACGCAGUCCGCCGACCAGCUGCAACUCUACGAUACCAUGCACAGCGAUGACUGGUGGCCACGUCACCUUUCCUUUAGCGUUGCCGAAGAGAGCGUCCUGGGAUGGCCCAGCAUCGCCACGAUCGAGCCGGACGAAGAGGCGGCUGAAGCGCGGGACACGUCUGUUGUAGCCCUGGAAAGACGACAAACAGCCUACGCCAUGCAGUCGGAACAACUGAAACGCCUACACCACCGCCUGGCCGUCCUCUCCGCUACAGACUCGUUCUGGGUCAAGCUCCGCCUGAAAGAAAUCGCCGAUCUCGACGCCGCAGCAGACGCCGACAUUGAAACGCUGGAAUCCAUCUACUACCCCCAUCUCGACACGUACCACGCACUCCGAGAAAGCACACACGCCGCCGUGACCAACCACCGCGCCCAGCUCACCACGUCGCUGCGCGAGCUAGACAACGUGAGCGCCAAGCUCGAGUACGAGAUCAGUGCCCUGCGUGGCAAAGUCGAGGAUGUCGAAGACUUUGUGGACGAGUUUGAGAAGCAGGUGGACUACGCGUGCGAGCGGGUCGAGGAGCUGGAGCGCGUGUUGGGCGGGAGAGAAGGGUGGUGGCACUGGAUUUUUCGAAAAGCCACGGGGGUGGGAAGUCGACCUACGUGA